GCUUUGUUUCGUACUUGAUGUGAAGCCGGACGGUUGUGCUCGCUGCUCCGCCACUUAAAAAAAAAAAUCAAACACCCCCCGCUAAAACAUACAUGAUAAUAUUUCUUAAUUCAUUACUUCACAGUCUCUCAUUAUACGCACGUUUCGUAACUUGACAAGUAUUUAUUUAUUUAUUAAAUUGUUUUUAUUUUUCAACAAUUGUUUUAUUUUUUUGUUUUUUUUUUAUAAAUGACUUGAUAAAAGUGUUUCUCAGUAUUAAACCAAAAAAAAAACGCGCUUGUUAUUCGUUGUAACAUAAUUUUUUUUUUUUACAAAAAAUUAAAUUUUGUAAAUGUUUAAAUUUUAAGGACUGUGAUAAGCAUGGCGGGAGACAACCAACAUUUUUGUCUGCGCUGGAACAAUCACCAAAGCACGUUGAUCAGCGUUUUCGACACGUUGCUGGAGAGCGGCACGUUGGUCGAUUGCACGUUGGCGGCCGAAGGACAAUACCUUAAGGCCCACAAAGUCGUCUUGUCAGCAUGCAGCCCAUACCUAGAGCUAUUAUUAAGCCAACAUUAUGAAAAGCAUCCAAUCGUCAUACUUAAGGACGUUAAGUUCCAAGAACUAAAAAGUAUGAUGGAUUACAUGUAUAGGGGGGAAGUCAACAUUUCCCAAGACCAGUUAAGCACGUUCCUGAAAGCUGCAGAAUCCCUGCAGAUCAAGGGUCUGACUGAUGGUGGUGGCAAUGAAGACAGCACAGCCUCUUCAGCACCGGUCAAGGCACCUGUUGCCACUCCGGUUAGGAAACCAAUUCAACAGUCUAUCACACGUGGUCCAUCUACUGUAGCACAGGGUUUAACGAUAGAGAGGAGGCCAGAAAGUCCACACAUCAGGUCUCGUGAUGAUAGUGCCUCACCUACUAGAAAACGUAGGCGCAACCAGCGCAGGCCGUCAACAAGUGACGAUCCUGACAGUCAUAUUGAUACAAGCAACUCCUGUGAUGUACCGCCCCUUCAGUCCGGAGCCCUAAGCGGCGUCGGUGUUCCUAACAUUCCUGCCACCAUAACCAAAGGUGCGCCGUUGGAUGACGGUGAUCAUGAGACUGAUAACAGCCGCAUCAACAACCACGAUGCAUCAGCUGCUGAUGGUGUGGCAGGACCAAAGAUCGAACCGACUGGUGAACUGAUUGAACCUAAGACUGAGUAUUUGGAAGAAAUGAACAACGAAGACAGUAUAGAAGACUUGACAUUGGAUGAUGAUGAUGAUAUGGACAAUAGUAUGGAUAUGUCAAGAGCUGGACCAUCUCAUGACAACUCAAACCAAAGUUUUAAUCAAUGGCCAAUGUCUGGAAACCAAACCACGGAUGAAGUAUUUAUGAAUGCACAAGAAGCAGUUGGAGCUCACAGGGAUACUCAAGCUUCAUCUACAAAAUAUAACAGGAUGAUGUUGGAUCCAUUGACCAAAGCACGUCUACAAUACUGGACCAGUACUUCGGAAACAUUCCAUUCAACUCUAGCUACAGCGCCUAGACAAUCUACAUCAUCUACUCAACAGCCAAUGACAACUAGCGCAUCACCUGAGAAUUCUGAUGGCACUACCACUGCUACUGAACCACGUUUCCCAUGUCCAAAGUGUCCGCGUAGUUAUCGAAAUAGAAAUCACCUUUACCGUCAUGUACGAUAUGAAUGUGAUCGCAUUAAGCAGUAUCGUUGUGGCAUUUGUUUUAAAGACUUUUAUAGAAGAGAUAAUUUGAAAACACACAUAAACUAUAAACAUUUAAAUAAGUUAAAUCUUACAGCUGCCCCUCCAUCCCCUGUUACUGGUGCUUCCACUAAAGAAGUUUAAAAACAUUUGUAUCUUGUUAACAAUACUUCCAGAGUCUAAAUAUACUAGAAUUAUUUAUGCAUAAAGAUACACAUAAACACAUAUAUACAUGUAUAUAUGAAUAUUUUGUUCAUUGAAUUUAGUUAUUUUUGGUAUCUUAAUAGUU